AAGCAGGUGCCAGGAGGGUUCAAAGUUUAUCCAAAAACCAUCUCCUGCAAAAAAAGACAGCAUUUUCAAAAACUUAUGACAAGGCCGAGUCAAGCCCAGAGAGUUUCCACCCGUGCCCACCCUCCCCGACCCAGAGGCGGGGUGGCCGCGGAGCAGAUGCAGGGGGGGGGACGCGCGCACAGCCUUCUGAUGGCCGCCGCCUGGCUUGCAGGUUAGAGGCUGCGGAGGAGGCGGGCGCCGCGGGAGGAGCGAGCCCCGAGUCCCCACCGGAGCGCGGCGGCGGCGGCGGCGGCGCGGGGCCUGAGCAGCAGCAUCAGCAGCAGCAGCAGGAGUCGGAUGGCGAGCGGGACGCGGGGCCGGAGCAGACCCAGACCAUCUACCACGACAUCUGGAGCCUGCGCGCCUCGCUCGAGCUGCACGCGGCUGCCGCCUCGGACCACAGCAGCAGCGGCAACGACCGCGACUCCGUGCGCAGCGGCGACAGCUCGGGCUCCGGGGGCGCCGCGCCCGCCUUCCCGCCGCCCUCGCCGCCGCCCACGCCGCGGCCUGCGGACAGCGAGGCGGGCGGGCCGCGCAAGCUGCUGCAGAUGGACAGCGGCUACGCCAGCAUCGAGGGCCGCGGCGCGGGCGACGACGGGCCGCCCAGCGCCUCCGAGAAGCGCUCCUCCUUCACCAGCGCCGGCCGCGUGGCCACAGUGGGCAGCAGCUUCGAGGUGGCCCGACCUCCGCCCCCGAGGCGCCCCCGGAGGCGCCCGCCCGCCCCGCAGCCCGCGCGCCUGGCCCGCCGCGCCCCGCGCCGCGACUACAGCAUCGACGAGAAGACGGACGCGCUCUUCCACGAGUUCCUGCGCCACGACCCGCACUUCGACGACGCGCCCCCGCCGCCGCGCGCCACCGCGCACGCGCGCAUCCGCACGCGCGCAAACAGUGGACGCAGCGCGGCCGGCAGCACAGCGACCCUGGGCGCGCGCCGCGACCACCGGCCCGCCCGGCGCCGACCCCCGGCCCACGCGCGCGCCCCUGCGCCGCGGAGACAGCGUCGACUGCCCGCCCGACGGCCGCGCGGACGACCGCCGCCUCUGCCGCCCCGCCGCCCCCGCCAUCCCCGCCAUCGAGGAGGAGCCUGGCGGCGGCUGCCCCGGCUCAGGCCUGUGCGCCACGCCCCGGACGCGCUGCUGGACAAACUGGCGGCAGGCCUGGAAGACAGACUCUUCCCGCCGCGCCUCGUGCAACCCGUCGCCGCGGUCCCCGCGCUGGCCGCCGCCGCGCCCACGUCCCCCGACCACAGCCCGGCCUAA